AUGGCAACCCGUUCCCGGCCAGCCUCUCGAACCCGCUCCCCAAUUGAUCAAGGGGAGCUGGGACCCCAACUUUUGGCAACCCCCUAUGUCGAAAUCGGGGAAGUCUCCCUCGAGCGAAUCACAAGCCUCCUCCUUGGCCUCCUCGGCCAAGUCGAGCACCUUGAGCGGAAAGUGGAAGAAGUCCGAGAAGCAGGGGUCGAGGCCCGUACCAACCUUGAGAACAUCUCUCAAGCCGUCGAUACUGUCAAGGAUGGGCUUAGAAGCCUCCAACUCCAUGGGCCCCGGACCCCAGAGGACACAAAACCCCCGGCCGUGGAAGCAACGCCACGCCCCUUAUCAAAAGUCGACCCUAUUGGAUCGACUAGUCGGGUCUCGUUCUGGCCCGAACCAUCUAGAGGGCUCCCCGCCUUUGCCCAACCCACUCCUGUCCAAGCAGUGCCCCCGCGAGUCCCAUCUCCCCCUCCAUCUCCGCGUCUCCAAUCCCCGAUUGGGACAGCUGCCCCUCCUCCUCCGGCUCCAGUCGCCACCUAUCCCGCUCCGGUCAAGGUUGACCAUCCCGACGCCUACACAGGCAAAAUAGGGAGCAAAGCAAAGCAGUGGCUGACCCGGAUGUUAGCCUGGACCCGCCUCAACUCCCGCAUGUUCCCCACAGACCAAGAGGUCUUAUCAUUCCUUCUCAUGAACAUGAAGGAUUCCGCGGGAGCAUGGGCUCAUCCACACCUCGACCAGCUUGGGUCACACCGAGCCAUCAUCCAAACGGUCGAAGGAUUCAAACUGGAGUUCCUGGCAGCAUUUGGCGACCCUGAUGCCACAAGGGCCGCUGAGCGGAAGAUAACCUCCCUUACCCAAUCCGGCACAUGCGCGGAUUAUAUUACGAAGUUCAGAACCUUAGCAAUGGAACUGGACUGGAACGACGCGGCCCUUCGAGGCCAGUUUGCCCAAGGCCUCCAUUGGGAGGUCAGCCGCCAAAUUGCAACCCGUGAACACCGUCCCCGCACCCUCUUAGAGCUGCAAAAUGCAGCACUUGUCAUCGAUAACGCCCUCCGAGAGGAGCGUGCUAGCCAUCCGCCGAAGGAUAGUAAGUCUAGCAGACCAUCUAACCCCGCAAGGGGGACGAGUACCGGCCAGUCAAGCACCGGCUCUAAGAAGCUCUCCGACGAUCCAAACUUUGUGUCGGAAGAAGAACAAAAUCGCCGCCGCGCCGCUGGCGCUUGUAUCAAGUGCGGAAAAAUGGGUCACAAGUUCGCGGAAUGCCGCACGGGCUGGAAGGCCACCCCUGUUGAGGACAAAGGGAAGGCUAAGGAAACCGCCAAAAUUGGCAAAGACUCUGAGUACCAAUCGGGAAAAGAGUAA